CACAACGAAUAAAGACUCCAAACAAAAAACACCUUAAAAUAUUUUUAAAUAUCUAGUUUUCCCAAAUAUUAAUUUGUUUAAAAUGCGUUGCUUGCCAGGCUAUGGUUAUGGCCUCACGUUUUUGUUUUUGAGCACCGUUCGCAAUGAACAAAAAGAGCUCAACAUUUCGCCGGUUCACGAUGUGAAUGUGACUAAGGCAACGGCCACCUUUGGCAUGGGCUGCUUCUGGGGGGCCGAGUCCUUGUAUGGAGCCACGCGGGGAGUCCUGCGCACCACCGUGGGAUAUGCCGGCGGUAGCUCCGAUUUGCCAACGUACCGUAAAAUGGGUGAUCACACGGAGGUGCUGGAGAUUGACUAUGAUCCCUCGGUGAUUAGCUUCAAGGAUCUGCUGGAUCUGUUCUGGAACAACCAUGAGUACGGUCUGACCACGCCGAUUAAGAGGCAGUACGCCUCCCUGAUCCUGUACCACGACGAGGAGCAGAAGCGGGUGGCUGAGGCCUCCAAGCUGGAGGAGCAGGAGCGACGGGCUCCAGAGGUUAUCACCACGGAGAUUGCCUCCAAGGAGAACUUUUACGCAGCCGAGGCAUACCAUCAAAAGUACCGUCUGCAGGGUCACAAGGACCUGGCCUCCUCGCUGAAUCUCAAUCCCAAGCUGCUGCAGACCAGCUAUGUGGCCACCAAGCUCAACGGCUAUCUGGCCGGUGUCGGCGGCAUUGAGCAGUUCAAGGCGGAGGUGGAGACCAUGGGCUUGACGCCCACUCAGCGCCAGUACUGCAACUACCACGUGGAGCAGAACGAGGGCCAGGGUCUCUACUGCUGACAUGGCCGCAUGUGCAUAGAUGUUAAGCGUAGAUCGUACACUUAAGGGGGGGUAAUUGCUUUUUAAUUUGUUUGCUUGUUCAGAACAAAGUGUGUAUUAUGUAGAUUUUAAGAGGUUUAAACAAAAUAUAUAAAAGCUUAUAUUUUAUAAUAAUAAUAAAACAUCUUAAACUGA